CCCAGGCCAUUUUCCCGGAAGAUGGUCUUUGGUAUGACUGCGUGAUCACGGAACAGACUGAGAAGGGUUACAAGAUCACCUUCAUCGAUUACGGCAGCAAGGCGGAAGUGAAGUUUGACCAGAUCCGGCUGCAGAGUACGGGCAAAGUGGGUCAGCAGAAGCGAACCAUCAAGGAGGUGACAACGCCAGCUGGCUACAAGAUUCCUGAGAGCAUGCAGAUUCAGAAGACUGACACAGAGGACAUCAUUGAUGCCAAGCGAAGGAAGAUCACUGCCAUCAAGAAACAGCAACGCCUGGACAAGUUGGAAACGGAGCACGUGAAGCAGCAGGCCAAUUGGCAAAAGUUCUUCUAUAAGAAGGCCAGCACCCGCAGCAAGUGCGGCUUCAUGUCAGGAAAGCCCAAGGAUUCCAUCUUCAAGGUGCCGGAUGCCCUUGAGGGCAGGGUUGGCUUCAUGGGAAGUGGAAAGGAAAUGACCAAGUUCCAAGAAGCCAGGAAGUUCACCUACCAAUACGUUUGAGCCCGCAGAAAAUGCUGCGAUUCCAGUGAUCCAAUACGGGCCGAUUUCUAUGGUGCUGUGGCAGAAUCUGUGACCCAACCGAAAA